UAGUGUGGGGGGUGGACACGCAGGGUGGGGUGUACAUGCGGCAGGGCCCCCUCACCCCCUGCCACGCCAAGGCCCUGCCCCCUGCCUGGAUACAAGUGGAGCCCUCUGUUGGGGGAGAGGUGGAGUUUACUAAGGUGUUUGUGGGGGCGCGGCUUCACCUGGUGUGGGCGCUGGACUCAUCAAGGCGUGUGUACGUACGUCAGGCCAUCUACCCGGAGCUGUCUGUGGGCCUGUCCUGGGUGUGUGUGCCUGGCCUGCUGGCUACCCAUCUGUCUAUUAGCGAGGACCAAGUGUGGGCACUCACCCCCACUGGCGAGGUAUUCCAGCGCACGGGGGUGUCUGCGAACAACUUCAUCGGUGACGCGUGGGAGAGAGUUCCAGGGAGGCUGGCAGCGCUGUCUGUCACCACCGACAACACCUUGUGGGGCCUCAACACCAGUGGGCACCUUUGUCACCACUCAGUAAAGGACAUCACCACCACCACCACCACCACCACAGAGGACACCCACACACCUCGCACCCACUCCCUCUCUCUCUCUGAGCAGGAUGACUGGGAAGUGGUGUGAGGAGGAGGAGGAGGAGGAGAUGAUGAAUGAAUAGAAGGAGGAAGAGGAGGGAAUAAUAAGAUGCAGAAGAAUACAAAGAAAGAAGAAGAAGAAGAGGAGGAGGAGGAGAAUAGAUAUUAGAUGAAAAAGGUGGAGGAGGAGGAAGAAGAGAAGAAAGAGGAAGAAGACAAAAGUGAGAGAACUAGAUAAAAAAGGAGGAGGAGGAGGAGGAGGAGAAAGGAGAGUGAACAAGCUGUAGAAGAAAGAGAAGGGGAAGAAAGAGGAAGAAGAGAAAAAGUGAAUCAAUGCAAAUCUUUGAUAAAUAAAAAAAUAAAAAUAAUAAAUAAAUAAAUAAUAAUAAUAAUAAUAAUAAUAAUAAUAAUAAUAAUAAUAAUAAUAAUAACUAACAAUUUGAAGCUCAAGAAUUUAAGAAAAGAAAAGAGGAAGAAGAAACAAGAAAACACAGAAAAGGAGAAAGAAGCAGAAAAAAAAGGAAGAGGAAGAGGGGAAGAAGGGGUAAUGAAGAAGAGGAAGAAGAGGAGAAUAAUUUAUUGCAGCUAAAAAUAAAAUAACAGGAGGAAAGGAAAGGGAAGAAAAGAGGAGGAGGAAGAAGAAGAAAGGAAGAGAAGAAGAGAAAGAAAAGAAAUGAGAAAAUAAAAUAAGGAAAGGAAAACAAAGGAAAAAAUAAUGCAAAGAAAUAAAAAAAAUAUAUAUUACCAAAAAAUGUGUGUGUGUGUGUGUGUGUGUGUGUGUGUGUGUGUGUGUGUGUGAGGGAAGAAUGUCUUGUUAUCACCUGUUUGUUUGUUUGUUUGUUUGUUGAACUGAUAUAUAUAGUUUGUGGCAAGAGAUUUAUUAAUGCAAAGAAUUUAAUAAACAAAAUUAUAAAAACA